AUAAAAUAAGAAAAGAGAAGAAAAUAAAGUUCACACAACUGAGAUGAUGAGAUGAAAUCUUAGUGGAAAUACUCUCUGAAAAAAUGCUGUUGAUCAAGUGCAAGUACAUAUGCAAAUUUUAUAUGUAGCCUGUAGUAUUGGUUACCUUCACAGCGUUGGCUUCACCAGGAAAAGAGAAAGGCUUAUCAAUCCUAUGGACCGAGUCUCACCACAGCCGUCAACCUCGGUUCAGAACCAAGCUGUAUCAGAGUCACUUCCUCUGCCCUUCCUCCCUAAUGAGCUCGUUGUUGAAAUUCUCUCCAGACUUCCCGUAAAGUCUUUGUUGCAGUUCAGGUGUGUGUGCAAGUCGUGGAUGUCCCUUAUUUCUGAUCCUUAUUUCAUGAAAAAGCACCUUCACCUGUCAACUCGAAGUACCCACUUCAACCAUCACAGGAUCAUAUUGAGUGCCACAACAGCAGAGUUUCACCUUAAAUCAUGUUCUGUGAGUUCCUUGUUCAAUAGCCCUUCAACAGUUUGUGAUGACCUUAGCUAUCCUGUGAAGAACAAGUUUCGUCAUGAUGGGAUUGUUGGAUCUUGUAAUGGAUUGUUAUGUUUUGCCAUAAAAGGUGAUUGUGUGCUUCUUUGGAACCCCUCUAUGAGGGCCUCCAAGAAAUCACCACCUUUGAGUAAUAAUUGGAGACCAGGGUGUUUCACUGCCUUUGGCCUUGGUUACGAUCAUGUCACUGAGGAUUACAAGGUGGUUGCUGUGUUUUGUGAUCCUAAUGAGAUUUAUAGUGAGUGUAAAGUGAAGGUGUAUAGCAUGGCCACCAACUCUUGGAGGAAGAUUCAGGAUUUCCCUCAUGGUUUCUCACCCUACCAAAAUUCAGGAAAGUUUGUUAGUGGCACACUCAAUUGGGCUGCCAAUCACCCUGUUGGUUCAACUUCUUUGUGGGUUAUUGUUUCCUUGGAUCUGCAUAAGGAAACAUAUAGGGAAGUUCUGCCACCUGAUUAUGAGAAGGAAGACUGUUCCACUCCUACUUUGGGUGUUUUGCAAGAAUGUCUGUGCAUGAAUUAUGAUUACAAGAAAACUCAUUUUGUUGUGUGGAUGAUGAAGGAUUAUGGGAUAAGAGAGUCUUGGUUUAAGUUGGUAAGCAUUCCUUAUUUGCCAAAUCCAGAAGAUUUUUCCUACUCAGGGCCUUAUUACGUUUCAGAGAAUGGUGAAGUGCUGUUGAUGUUUGAGUUUGACUUGAUCCUCUAUGAUCCAAGAGAUAACUCUUUUAAGUACCCUAGGAUUGAGAGUGGGAAGGGCUGGUUUGAUGCAGAGGUCUAUGUUGAAACUCUGGUUUCGCCAAUGAAGCAUUGAACUGGAUGUGUCAGGCAAAGCAAGCUUAAGGAAAAAUAAAAUGUGUAAAUUAUUUUGAGUCCAUGUGAUCUUAUCUUGAUACAUGUUUUUGGCAUUAUAUGUGUAAUAUGUAUAUGCAGAAUUGUAUAAAUGUCCUUAAUAUUUUAAGCUAAGUGUUGUUACUUGUGUCGAUCACCAUGUAUCCAUCACUGAUGGAAAAUCCUACUUCACUUAUUUGUUAGUAAAUGGAAAUUGGUAUAUGCUUUCUUGCUUA